AUGAGGAAGGAGACUCUUAACGUGGUGAAGGAGAUCACCACAGUAGAGGAAACAUUGCUAGAAGAAGAACAAUGCCUAAUUCCUCCAGAGGCCGAACAGUGGGAUGACUACGAGGGCAGCCCCGAACACCAGACUGUCUGGAAGGAAACUCCACUUGCCAACGCUGCAUUCUGGGCAGCAAGAAGAGGCAACCUGGCUCUGCUCAGGCUGUUGUUGAACAGCGGUCGGGUGGAUGUGGACUGCAGGGACAGUCAUGGCACCACGCUCCUCAUGGUCGCCUCCUAUGCCGGUCACAUAGACUGUGUGAGGGAACUGGUUCUGCAAGGAGCAGACAUCAAUCUCCAGAGAGAGUCAGGUACAACUGCCCUGUUCUUUGCUGCCCAGCAAGGACAUAAUGAUGUCGUGAGAUUUCUCUUUGAAUUUGGAGCAUCCACUGAAUUUAGGACCAAAGAUGGGGGCACGGCCCUGUUGGCUGCCAGUCAGUAUGGGCACAUGCAGGUGGUGGAGACGCUGCUGAAGCAUGGAGCCAACAUCCACGACCAACUCUACGAUGGAGCCACUUCUCUCUUCCUCGCUGCCCAAGGUGGCUACUUGGAUGUGAUUCGAUUGUUGUUGUCUUCAGGAGCAAAAGUCAACCAGCCAAGGCAGGACGGGACGGCGCCGCUGUGGAUCGCGUCGCAGAUGGGCCACAGCGAGGUGGUGAGGGUGAUGCUGCUGCGCGGAGCCGACCGGGACGCCGCCCGCAACGAUGGUACAACAGCAUUACUCAAAGCAGCCAACAAAGGCUAUAAUGAUGUUAUAGAAGAGUUGCUGAAAUUCUCACCCAGCCUUGGCAUUUUGAAGAAUGGGACAUCGGCCCUCCACGCGGCAGUACUCAGUGGGAAUAUUAAAACAGUCGCGCUGCUCCUAGAAGCAGGGGCGGACCCAGCCCUGAGAAACAAGGCCAAUGAACUUCCGGCAGAACUAACCAAAAAUGAACGUAUACUGCGUCUCCUCCGAAGUAAAGAAGGACACAGGAAGAACUAACUUAGUUCCAUAUUUGACUGAAAGAUAGAAACCCC